ACUGCACCAUAGAAAACAACAACAAGGCAGAGAAAAUUGCGCACUAAAUUUUUGGUAAUUUUUCACACAUAACAGUAAAAGGCAUCAGCUCUUGCACAAAACAACUAAAUUAAAAGUAUUAAAAACGACGUUAAGGGAACAAUGACAAUUCUUGCAAAAAUAACAGGACGAAGGCAUAAGGAUGACCAGGAGAAGGUGCCGCUGCCCAUGAAUUUGAACGAUGAAGCGCUAAUGCAUCAUGGAUCAUUAAUUAGUCCCAAGAUUGCUUAUAGUGAUGCCGAUACCGAAUCGAUGGUGUUCAAUCGACCUCAAUACCAUUGCUUGAAGUCGUUCUUGCUCUUCCUCAUUGCAAUGGUGGUUAUGAUGAUGGGUGUGCUCGGUGGCUGGACCCUCUAUCGUCUAUAUGCUCCUUCACAUUCCAAUAUGCGUUACCAUGCCCUUUGCGAUAUACCCUACGCCGAGGAUUCCAGUGUGAUGCCCCGUUUCAUGGCCCGCAACGACGAUGAUAUUGCUGCCCUCAACUGGCGCACUCUGUUGCCCCAUUUCACCAGCAGCAGCAGCAAUCGGAACGGUCUAAUCAUGGGCAAUGGGGACGAUAGCCUGUUGGACAAUCUUGUCGAUGACAAUUUCUUCCGAGAGGAAAUCGAAUUGGAUAGCAGCGAUGAAGAUGGCUAUGCCAAGAUCGAUGUGCCAGACUUCAAGGAUGGUCGUCGGGGUCGGUUUAUGCAUGAUUUCAAAGAGAAUCAAUCGGCCAUUAUUGAUACCACGACCAAUCGUUGUUUCAUCAUGCCUCUGGACCGGGAUACAACAUUGCCGCCAAGCAGCUUUAUGGAUCUGAUGCAGAAGAUGGGUUCCGGUUAUUAUAACAUCGACACGGAGCGAGUGCGUCGCACCAUGCGGGUGAUCACGCCACGCAUCACAGAUCUGUCCAUGAUCUCGGAGCGCAUUGCCAACGAAUGCUUUGACAUGAAGGUCUAUAUGAUGGAGAAAUUUAUCACGGGAGUAUCUAAGCGCUCGGCAGAGCCUUUGCCAGAUGCUGGCAAAUAUGCUGAGUUCAUGGGCAAGGGAGUGAUUGAAUACGAUCUGUCCAAUAUUGCGGAAGUCGAGGCAUACGAGGCGAACGAAGCCGAAAAGCAGCAAGUGGCUUGAGUUCAUUAUUAAGCGCCAUCAACGUCAAGAAAAUUUUAAAGCUACAAGAAAUUUAUUAAUUAGAAAUUAAUUUAUAUAUAUAUAUAUAUGAAGAUAUAAAGAAAAUCGGAGACAAAAUUUGAUCUGUUUGUGUAUGUAGUUUGAGUAAAACAAAAAGAACAAAACAAAAACAAUGCUUAAAACGACUCUUGAAACAGAUGAACCUAUAAGUUUAUAUAAAUAUAUACAUAUAUGUAUGAGAUAUAUCAUAUUAUUGGCCAAGAAGCUCCAACCAAUAGAGUUCAAUCGAACGUCAAAGAAAGAUUAUAGCGAAUCAUAGACCCUAGAGUAAAGAAAUGUACCUAGAAAGCAAUUAAAAUGCGAUUGAAAGAAAUUUGUGACAAAUACAAAGCGAGGAAUGCAUCAUGAUAUUGAAUACGACGAGGGCCCCGUGCAUCUUUCUAUUUCUAUAUAUACUUAUACAUAUAAAAAUUAGAUGUGUGAAUCCAUAAUGAUAACCAAAACACAACAAAACAAAAACAAACAGAAAAAAACACUCACACAGAAAACAAAAAACAAAACCUAAAAUGCAUUCCAUUCCAAGUACAUAUUUUAUAUACUAUAAAUUAUCCUCUCUCUAACUUAACAAUUAUUGUAUAAACAAAAAACAAAUCAAAGGAUUCAAAUAAGUUAAAAAUUUGAAACCAUCAGCAGAGUUCAGAAAUGAAAACAUUAAAAAACAAAAAACAUCAACAACAGAAAGUUAAUCUAAAUGUUCUUUAAAAACAAAAACCAAAACAAAAACAAAACUAUUUAAAUGUAUUAAACGCGAAUUUGUGAUCUUGAA